GCCCCACCUGGGUGAACCUAGGGGGUGCCCGCCCCCCUGGGCAGUGCCGGCCCCACCUGGGUGAACCUAGGGGGUGCCCGCCCCCCUGGGCAGUGCUGGCCCCACUUGGAGGUGGGAUCUAGGGGCCAUAUGACCCCUGGGCAAAAUAAGGCUCUGUGUCUGUAGGAGUUCCCUGUCCCCCAAGCAAUGGGGCAAUGCCCUCUACUUCCCGCCAGUCUUCUGGCUGUGUGAAUGACCCCCCCUUUCCCCCUGAAAACCAGCUGGGCAGGCCUAGCACCUUGUGUGUCAUGCCAGCCCCUAACUGGGCUCUGUACAAGUGGAGGGGGUGGGUCUUGGGCCUACCUGAGAAAAUGUGUCUCUUCCCCCACUCACCCCCUGCCAGAGUCAUCUCACUGGUAGGGGUGUGUCCCAUACCUGCCCCUCCUCCCUCAGGCUUGGGUGGGAGUUGGGAGAAUGUGCCAAGGCUGCUCCCCCCCCAAAAAAACCAACCAAACAAAAAAAAAAUAAGGCAGUGCCUGCCUGGGCUGUGGGGCUGGGAGCAUGUACCUGGUCUGCUUCAUUCCUCCCCACCCGAGAUCAGCACCACCUGUGAUCUGUGUAUGCCUGAGCCAUGCCUGCAUCCCCCCUGUGUGUACGCACUUGUGCCUCGCCUCGUGUGUGUGCAUGUGAGCACUUGUACCAUGCCAGCAUGCCCUGUGUGUGUGUGUGUGUGUACCAUGCAAAUGCUCCCUGUGGCCCCAGGAAGAUGUGUUGCUGGGAGGGCUGGACCCAGAUCCUCCAGUUUCGUACGCCAGGCUGUGGGGGAGUGGGGCCAUCCUGCUGGCUGCUGCAGGACUGCCAAGCUGGCUGGGUCCGCGAGAGGAGGCUCUCUCAACACACUGGGAGGAGGAAUACGUUUUUCCUGCUCAGGGUGGAGCUGCUUUGAAAACAGCCUCAACAGUAACCCAAAGAUGGGGGGAUGGGGUCCAUCUCAAGGAGUGAGGCCUUCAGGGCACCUCCCCAGCUCUUCUGCCACUCUGUGUCUGUGGAGCCCCUGCAUCCCUCACCCUGAAGAGCCCUCCAAGGGCAGAAGGGGUGAAAAUGGCCUACCUUGCAAAAGGCUUCCUUGGCCCCAUCUCCAUCCCCCAAGUGGGCUGUCCCACCACUGGCAAGCAGAGCAAGUUGAGAGGGGCGGAGACAGCUCCCACCACUAAUGGCCAGGGGGUGGAGCUCUCAUAGCUGGUCAGAGAAUCCUGGAGCCACCCAUAGGUGCCAUGCAGACCCCCUGCCCCUUGAAGUCAGCAUAGGACUGUGCAGUGUCCAGGCUUCUCCUAACUGUCUCCACCAGGCAUGUGUUCUGUGUCGGUU